UGUUCAGUCUGUAUGAGACUAUAAAUUAUCAUUAAUUUAUUGUAUAAUUUAUUUAUUUAGUUAAAAAUAUAACAUAGUAGUUUUUCAAAAUGUUUAGACAGGCAUUUAUUCUGUGCUCAAUUUUGGUAUGUUUUGGGCAAAUAAAUUGUGUAUUGAAUCCGAAAGUCAUUUGUUAUUAUGAAGAUUGGUUCUAUUGGCGUACCGGUGAUGGUAAAAUGACCGUCCACGAUGUCGACAACACUCUGUGCACACAUAUGGUGUACGGCUAUCAGGGCAUCGAUAGGGACAGUACUAUCAAACUGGCCGACGAGUACCUCAUGAAGACAUUGCACGAUUUGGACAACUUCUCGAAAAACAAGGGCAAAGGCCAGGCGUUGGUGGCCAUCGGCGGGUGGUCACUGUCGAGCGGUUUCACCCAGGUGGUGUCCACCGACUCGGACAUCCGUACGUUCACCAACAGUAUUAUGUCAUUCCUGAGCACAUAUAACUUCGAUGGAGUGAUGUUGGACUGGACACCAAAGGGUGCGUUCACUUCCAGCGAAAACGACGGGUUUGUCAAACUGUUGAGCAGUAUUCGCACCGCUUUCGGCGCCAAAUACACACUCGGUAUUACUGUCUCGCCGGUGGUCACCGGUCUCAGCGUUGAUCGCGUCGAUCAAUAUGUGGACAUCAUUGCUGUCCAGACAUACGAUAUGCACGGCUCGUGGGAGAAACAGGUGGGCAUCGGUGACCCGGCCACCUGGACUCUGGAGACUUUGAGACAGUGGUAUAAGGACGGUGCAAGCAUGACCAAGCUAAUUGCCACAAUCCCGCUGUACGGCCACACCUGGAUCCUCGCCGACCCCAACAAGUAUGACAUCGGAGCCGAGGCUACCGGACCCGGCAAACAGGGACCGUGGAGUCAACAAGAUGGUAAAUUGGGCUACAAUGAGUUCUGUAUGGAAGUGAAGGCCGACCCGACCGGUUGGAAACAGUUCCGCGACGAGCGAGAGAUGGCUGUGUAUGCGGUGAACGGCCGCAACUGGAUCUCCUACGAAGACGGCGUG